AUGUUGUUUGGGAGCUCGCGCGGGGCUUCCUCGGCGCCGUCCGUCACGCCGCUCCGCGCCGACGACGGCUCGCUCCUGCGCCUCCCGUCGUCGAUGGUCGCCGCACAGAAGCAGGCGCCCAGCUCCACGUUCAAAAUGAACUUCGCGCUCCUGGACGUCAUCGUCCCCACCGGCGUGAUCGGCCGCGUCAGGGCCGAGUUCGACGCAGUCGGCCUCGGCGACCCGUCCACGGUGUUCGAGGCCGUGGCGGCGGUGCUGUGGCAGUGCCGGACCCUGGCAGCCGUCGUCUCCGUGUCCGACGAGGCCCCCGUGACCCUCUCGUUCGCCGCCAACAUGCGCCGGCUCGUCGGCGCCAAGGCCGGGUACUACGGCAACUGCGCGGUGCUGCAGUCGCUGACCUCGACACGCGGCGCCGCUGCGGACGUGGCGAGGAUGAUCCGGCGCGCGAACGAGAGGAUCCCCGACCUGCUCAACACGCUGGCGGUCUCGAGCUGGAGGAACCUGGGGUUCGAGGCGCCGGACUUCGGCGGCGGGAGGCCGGCGCGGGUGACAUGGCAUGGUGAGGAGACGGCGGUGCCAGGGGGCGUCGUGUGCCCGCCAGGCAAGGACGGCGACAACUGCGGUGUCAGCGUGAUAUCACUCUGCGUCAGGCCGGAGCACGCCGACGCCUUCCUAGCAGAGCUCGCCGCCAUGUCGCCAGCGUCCAUGCCAUCCUCGUCGCCAUGA